AUGUUGUAAGUUUUGCUCGUUUUCGGUUCUUGAUAAUACUUAUAAAGUGGCGAUGGAAGUAAAGUAAAUUUUCUUUUAGGAGUGGAAACGAUGGACAAAGCAGCCAAACUCGUCCUCUCAUCAGAACUUCCAAAGUCUCCAAGAUCAUGUCGCUUCCGCUGCCCGGACGCUUCCGAGGACUAACUGAGGCUGGGAGACUUGAAUUGAAAGUUUCUGCGGCUCCUCCUCCUGUCAUCACGCAAAUCGAGACAACUCCGACGCAAAUUACGGAGUAUACGCAAGAAUCUUACGCGGAGCCCAUGUAUGGAUACAAAGCCUCGAUGGUGACGCCGACGAAACCUCCAGUCAUCGAGCAAAUCUUCUACGAUGAGCAGCAGCCGCAACAGCAGGAGUAUCCAACUUUCACUAUUCCGGAUCAUAUCGCUCAGUUGGUCAAGCAAAGGCUUCAAGACUCGGUAAACCUUUUGAUUCUUAAAUAUAAUUUUGAACCAAUUUCAGGAUCAUCGGUUCGAUGAGCAGACGACUCAGUCGAGUGAAUUGCCUUCGUCUUCUUCAAUUAUGGUUCGUUUCAAAGAACUUUGGUUUAGAAAAAGGGUAUUAGAAUAAUCCAAUAAUUGUCUUGUUUAUACCUGAAUUCUAUAAUUUGUUUUUCUGAAACGGAUUGCUCUAUCCGUCAUAUCAAUUUUCCAAUUAUUGGAACAAAUUGUUGUUCUCAAGUGAUAAUUAAAUUGAGCCGUUGUUUCGAUUAAAUCCUCUCCACUUUCAAAAAAAUUUUCAUUAGAUAAAGUUCAGAUAAUCAGAAAAGAUCUUUUUCACCGCUUUCUCAGUAGUUUCGUUGAGCUUAUCCGUUUGAGCCAAACUUUGAGGAUUUCCAAGAAUUAAAAAGUUUAUACUGACCCAUAAAAAAACAGAUUCUAAAUAAAAGAUUUAGGGUUUUUGGACAAGAACAAUAAUGAGAAAAAAAUCUUGAAAUUUUUUUCAAGUUAUAAAGGAUUUUUUUCUUAAUUUCGAAAAUAGUCACUUGAAAUUGACUAUUAUUUCUUUCUUUUAAUAACUUUUUCUUUCUCUAUUGUCAGUUGAAUAAUUUUUAAACUUGAAUGAUUAUCAGAAUCAAAAUGGAUAAUGAAAAAACGCCAAAUAUUAUAAAAAAUAAUUAAGAAAUUUGAAAAUAUAAAAAUAGAUCUCCACCAAAAUGUUUUGCCUAAUAGUUCCUCAUAACUUGGGCAAAAUUGGAACAAUGGAUAAUGGUAGAGAAAUGUUCAAUGAGCCCCAAUAAGGAAGAAAAAAGAAUCACUUAAAUUGAGCGCAUUUUUUCUAGUUUUGUGAAGGCUCAAAAAUAGUGGAAAAAAGAAAGGUGCAUAAGUGCCAAGGAAAUGGUGCAAAAAAGCUUUAAAAGGAACCUACGGAGCCUCUAAAAGAAACAUUUCUAUAGAGCUUUCUUUCACCCUUCCGACUUUGCCUAUAAAGACACUUGGAGAAAUAGAAAAUAAGAAAAUUGUUUGGUUAUUAAAUCAAAAAAAUUCAGAUUCUGAAAGAUUUCGAUGUUCACGGGACCGCAGAAACAGAAAUUGUCGAUCCGCCAACUCCUCCUCAAACCAAUAGUUUCCGUCAAAUUCAAGAACAUUGUCGGUAUUACCUGCACAGGGCGAAUGGCUGCGAUCGAGCUGGAAGUUGCCGUUUCAUUCAUGACCCAAAUAUGGUUGGUUUCAAAGUUUUUGCUUUUUUUUGAGCUUUGUAAAUCCCAUUCACGCCUGGUUUGAUACAACAAACGGGCGGUCUAACGUGCGCCGCAAAGGUGGAUUGCGGCGAAUUCUUGUGCGCAUUUAAUUAAAGUUUUAAUUCGCGGCCUAUUUCAUUUUGUUCUCGAAAAUUUUUAAUAUUUCUAAGGCGAUGAGCAUGGAAUGCUGCAUCGAUUGAGAUUCCCAAUGUAGCCAUUUUUAGUUUAGAUCAAUUUUUUGUAAAACAAAACUUGAUUUUAAUUAAUCAUUCCUUUUUAAAAUCAAACCUUACAGUAUAGGUUUUCGUGAGAAAGUUGAAAAUUCCAGCUACGACAAGUGAGAGAACGGUUCGCGAUGAACUACAACAUCAACAACAACCGAGGACGUCCUUACAACAACGAGAGAAGGAACUUCUACAACAGAGAUCAAGGCGACCGUCGUUCUCGCUGGGCUCACAACCGCUACGAAGACAGAAACGGCGACUAUCAACGCCGGAACGAAUAUUAA